GCGCCUUCCUUGGUCUGCCGGGGAUAAAUAAUUAAUCCGGCUGUAUAACCGGGGGAUUUCUGUCAGCUUCCUUUGCUUGCCGCCGUGACCCCCGAGGAGCGCCCUGAUACGUGACUGCUUGGCGAAGGGCGGGGGGGAGAGGGCGUUCAGGCGGUGAAAAACACGGCCAACGUUUGUCUUCCCACCCCGAGCCUGUCGAAAAUGGCACGGAUAACUUUGGCUCGCUCACGGAGGGAACGAACGUGGCAGUGUGCCCAGUGCCGUGGCUCAGGUGCACCGCUCAAGUUAGAUUAUGUUUAUUUUGAAAAUUCUUCCAGCAAUCCAUAUCUCAUUAGGAGAAUUGAAGAACUUAACAAGACUGCCAAUGGGAACGUGGAAGCCAAAGUGGUGUGUUUUUACAGGCGAAGAGAUAUUUCUAACAGCCUUAUAAUGCUUGCAGAUAAGCAUGCUAAAGAAGUUGAAGAAGAGUCUGAAACUACAAUUGAGGUUGAUUUGACUGAUAAACAGAAACAUCAGUUGAAGCACAGAGAGCUUUUCCUUUCUCGCCAGUAUGAGUCGCUACCAGCAACGCAUAUCAGGGGAAAAUGCAGCGUUGCACUUCUGAAUGAGACAGAAUCUGUGCUGUCAUACCUGGAGAAAGAGGAUACCUUUUUUUAUUCACUGGUGUAUGAUCCAUCAUUGAAAACACUUUUAGCAGACAAGGGAGAAAUCAGAGUGGGGCCUAGAUAUCAAGCAGAUGUGCCAGACAUGCUUGUGGAAGGAGAAUUAGAUGACAGAGAACAGGCAAAGCUGGAAGUAAAAGUAUGGGAUCCAGAUAGCCCCCUUACUGACCGUCAGAUUGACCAGUUUUUAGUUGUAGCACGUGCGGUUGGCACCUUUGCUCGAGCCUUGGACUGCAGUAGUUCUGUCAGGCAACCCAGUUUACACAUGAGUGCAGCUGCUGCUUCCCGAGACAUCACACUGUUUCACGCAAUGGACACACUGCAUAAACACAACUAUGAUCUGAGCAGUGCCAUCGGUGUUCUGGUGCCACUGGGGGGGCCUGUCUUGUGCAGAGAUGAAAUGGAGGAGUGGUCAGCAUCAGAAGCUAGCUUAUUUGAAGAGGCUUUGGAAAAGUAUGGCAAGGACUUCAAUGACAUUCGACAAGACUUUCUCCCUUGGAAGUCGCUGACUAGCAUCAUUGAGUAUUACUACAUGUGGAAAACCACUGACAGAUAUGUGCAGCAGAAACGUCUGAAAGCAGCUGAAGCAGAAAGUAAAUUGAAACAAGUAUACAUCCCCACCUACAAUAAACCAAAUCCCAAUCAAAUAUCCAGCAACAAUGGGAAACCUGCUGCAGUCAAUGGAGCAAUGGGAGCUUCUUACCAGGCACAAGCCACAGUUAUAGGUCGGGCUUGUGAAAGCUGCUAUACUCCGCAGUCUCACCAAUGGUAUUCUUGGGGCCCUCCUAAUAUGCAAUGUAGGUUGUGUGCAUCUUGCUGGAUUUAUUGGAAGAAAUAUGGUGGCCUGAAAAUGCCCACACAGACAGAUGAAGAUAAACUGUCUUCCAGCCAACCUACAGAGGAGCCGCAUGUCCGAACGCACCUGUCGCGGCAGGCCACGCAGGGCACCCCGGUGCGGAACACGGGCAGCCCCAAGUCGGCGGUGAAAACGCGGCAGGCUUUCUUUCUGCACACCACCUGUUGGACAAAACUGGCCCGGCAGGUCUGCAAAAAUACCCUCCGGCUGCGGCAGGCAGCGCGACGUCCCUUUGUCCCUAUUAACUGUGCUGCCAUUAAGGCAGAAUAUGCAGAUCGACAUUGUGAACUUGCUGGGAAUCCUCUGAAGAUAAAAAGCACCAGGAAACCACUGUCAUGUAUCAUUGGGUAUUUAGAGAUACAUCCUGCUGUGAAACCCAGUGUAAUCAGGUCAACACCAAGCCUUCAAAGUCCAAGUGCAAAACGACUGCUUGCACCCUCCAACCACUCUUCAUUAAGUAUUUUGGGGAAAAGAAACUACAGCCAUCAUAACGGGCUUGAUGAAUCAUCCAGCCAUACAACAAGAACAAUCAUGCAUGCUGCUCCCCACAUCCAUAUGACUAAUGGGAAGGCCUUGCAAGCCAGUGCAAGUGCCAUUAAGACAAGCACCAUUCCAGUGAUCAAGAGACAGAGACAAAAUUGGCUUGAUGCUUCAGAUGAUGGUUUCUUUAUAGCUACAGAAGAGACCAGAAAAAUCCGUAAGAAGUUCACCAGGUCCCAGCUGAAAAGAGCUUCCAGAACACCUUGUUCUCCAAUCAUUGCAAAGACAAAGUCUCUCAUGAACAAUAGGCAGGCCCGAACAGAGCCAGGACCCAUCAUACACUGAAGAUAUAACAGCAUCAGCACCAUAAUUAUGUCAAAAUCAUGUUUGAUUGUGAAUGCAGACAUAACAGGACUUCCCACAUCUCUGUGACAGAAACGUUGUGUGGACAUAUUGUGGCCGGGUUCUGUGUUCUGGGCCGGAUCCAGCAGCAGCUCUUGUUUUCCCUCAUCUCUGCCAGGGCUACUUCUGGUUCACUGUACAGGCCUACCCCGGAUCCCCUCUGCUCCCAGACAACAGUGUUGGCUGGUCAGGGAGGGGCUGUUUGCGCUGGUCCCACUGAAUGGAUGCAGAGUCCACCCAUCAUAUUUGUCUAUGCCUUCUUGUGGCUCAACACAAAUAUGCAGCUUUCAAAACCAUUGCAGUGUCUUUAAAAUGGGAUUUAGCCUUGAGGUGUUGCAUUUUCAAACAGAACUGCAAACUUGGAGUGUUCAUAUUUUUCCAUAUUGGCUUGAGUCACCUUGGGUUUGAUUUUCUAUACUGAAUGUCCACAAGGACAAGGUAUUGUUCAGCAGUUCUGAAACUUAGACUGAAUUAGGAAAUGUCCAUCAUUAGUGUCCAAUUUUGAAAAUGUUGGCCAUAUUAGCUGUGUUUAAAAUCCUGGAAAGUAUUAUGUGUGACAGUAAAUAUCCAGCCAGACUAGGUGCAUGUGUAGGAACUGGUCCCAUUGUCUCUGUAUUUGAAAGCAUCUGCCUAUUCCUUUGGGUAUAUUUUGCAUUUCCUGAAGCCUAUUCUGAAUAGUGAAAACCAGCAGAACACCAUUCCCAGAAGACAUGAAGAAACAGAUUAUUUCCUAUUAGUAAUGUCUCUCCACAAAAUAAUUUCUACAUUUUUAUAUGUCUGGAUAAAGAGGUCUUGCAGAAUGCUUUGAAUUCAUAAAUGUAAGGCUACAGUUGGAUACUUACCAUGGAGAGAUGAUGUGCCUUUUGUAACUUCUUGUAGGAAACUGUCAGUCUCCCUGAAGGUGGGAAUGGCAGCAGAGGCAGGUCUUUUAUUUCUACUCAGGUACUUACAGGUGAACAAUCUCUGCCCUACUUUGAAAUCCAGAGAAAUCCAGUGUGGAGCACUGCUGGGUGGCCCUAGUUGGGAUGUAUCAAUCAUCUGAGGCAAGUUGUCCUUCAAUAGGAUUGGAUUCCAUAUGACGUUUAAAGAUGUGGUCAGACACUGAACACAUCAUAGCAAACUGAGAUGAGCUUCAAGACUUUUUUUUUCUUCCUCUCCAUUUACCAGAUAGCUCCAACAGCAUAGUACAGAUGUGAGGUUUUCAUCCAGUUGUGGGCAUGCACCCAGCUUUUGGUUAGAAAGACAAGGAUGUAAGUGACAUCUCAUGCUUCUGAGUGAUCCCCCAAAAAUGAUUUCCCCCUAUGCAUUUUAUUGUUUCAGUCUGAAAGAGCAUCUGUGAUCUCAGCCUAAAACUAGCCAUACUCUCCAUGUAGAAUUUUGAGCUCCUAAGACAGUAACCCAGAUGCUUCCUCAAAGAAGAAAGCACUCUGACCUCUUGAAGCAACUUGCUGAUGAUUUUCCAUAAUGAUGGAUCCAGGUCUCGUCCGCUGUCCUUCACCAGCAAGAAGAGGUUGGAUACAAGGAGAGGCUGAUGACAUGGAGCGCUUGCUCCUAGUGCCCUGAACAUUUUAGUGAAUGUCAUUGAUCCAGAUUCAGUUGGAGAAGACCUGGGAUUCAUCUACCUACAGUACUUUCCAGUAGCCAUUGAAAUGUGCAGCUCUAGAAGCCUUCUAGUCACUGGAUCUGCAUUUUCCUCUAAACAGGAGGGCUUUCUAUCAGAUAGCUGAAUGGAGACAACCUACUCUUAUUAGUAAGAAUUGCCUUUAUUAACUGCAACAUAUGGAAACACCUUCUGUAUAAUAGCUUCCUCACCCAUUAGAAUAAAGAGAACAUGAUUAUUCAGCAAUCUGUUUGACUGAAAGUAUGAAAAACAUGAACAUAACGAGCUUUGUCUCCCUCAGACAUCACUGAAAUCACACACAGCAGACUCAUUUUCCAAGUGUUGUUAGCUGUAAGGUGGUAGAUUUUUUUACCCUGCCUUAUUAAGCCUGUACUCAAAUGAUUUCUUUUAGUCAGUGUGCUCCAGUGUCUAGACAGUAUUUUGUAGAAUCUCUGUGUGUUCCUGCUUUUGACAAAAGUAUUAGUAUCUGUAAUAGUCUGAUGUGAAGUCAUUUUUUCUUCUUCCCUUGGAGGAGAGAGAGACUGCUAACACAGCUCCCUGUCAGCAGCCAGCUGCCUGAUACCAUUAUCUUUUGCAUCAAAUAGCCAAGGUAAGGAAGAAUCCCUUGCAGCUCCAAGCUGAGGUGCUUCCUCUGGAUACACUGGAAAAAAUGUUCCACCUCUGCCCAGCAGAGCCAUUCCCCAGGUGGCAACAGCCCAGCCUUGGGGUGGGUAAGGCAUGGAGGAGACUGAUAGCUGGAACAACUGCUCUGUCCUUCAACAGCUCUGCAUACAGCUACAGGGAGGCAUCCUCUCUCCUACACUGCACAUAGUGCACAGAGAAACUGCACACCAUGCCUUGCACCUUAGCUUUUACCUGGUCUCUCUUCAUCUGUCCCUCAAGGUGUUCUCCAGAGAUGGAUGCAGGAUUUACCUGAGAAUUUCGACUGAGAGCGUGGAUGGAAGAUGCGCUCAAGUUGUUCCUCCUGCUGGGUUUGGGCAUAAUGAUUUAAAUUUUUGUAGGAAUUGUGAAACUCCUCAUCACAAUAUCAUGCAAUUCCAUGCUUUCUGUUGAGUUAAAAUAUUUUUCACUGGCUGUGAGCAAAGACGACACAUUCCUCUAUAAACUGAAACAGUAUAUCCACAACAAAUCAGAGUGCUUUACUUCUUUAUCAAUCUUCCCAACUUACUUAUUUUAAAAUCAGCCGACAUACAUCAGUCAUCAACAAUGACACUGAGUAUAAACAUGAACCUUGUAAGCAAGGACAAGAAGUUUGGUACUUGCCAUGAUAUGAGAGAAUCAAGGCAGCAACAGCACUGCAUUUACAAUGUGAUUUAUUUUUCUGUUAGCUAAAUAAGAAAUUCUUUUGAAAAUUUGCCUCUCCACUUACAAAUGUGGGGCUAAAAAACCAUGUAAAAUGCACAAUCUCUUUGUGUCCAGAGGCCUCAUGCAGAAAGUAGGAGGAUUGUUUUAAUGUUUAAAAUGUCUAUGUUGCCAUUUUCAACUAUAUAGCUGCUUAGCUUUCUUGAAAUAUUGUGUAUACUGUUUUCAGAUUAUUUUUUUAAAGGCCCCGACUUAGUGGUGGAGUUUUUGAUUCUGUCGGAUGGUAAAGAAUGUUUUGAAAUACUUGAGAUUUCCUGAAAUGUGUUGGUCACAUGAAAACAUCUUUAAAACCAGUGUUUUGAUUAAAGGCAAAUAUAGCCUUCGUUUCUGCAGUACAAGCCUUGCAGCAUAUAAUGAAAAACUGGGAAUUGGAAGUGAAACGUAGAACAAACAAGGAGUAGAAAUGGUGAAAUGGAGCCUGCACUUAUAUAAUGUGCACUUUUUUUAGUAAUCUAAAGUAAGAAUUAUUUUUUUUAAUAAAUAUAAUUUCAACAGAGAUACUUUCCUAAUUAUGAAGGCUUAAAUAAAGUGGAAUGGCUGCACAGUAGUUUCUGAUAUAGUCACAGUAUAACACGCCACAGCCUUUUGCAGGGAACAAUUAUAGUCCUUCAGAAAUACUAUAUUACUGGACACAAUGUCUUUAUGUAUAUGUACUGCUAUGGUAAUGGAAUUGUUAGAAUCCUUUGGAAAUUUCAGCAAAAUAAUAUUCAUUUUUCAUUUUCUUUUGAAGCUUCUUUAUAUAAACCUGUGUCUUCAUAAGCCAGAGGGGUUGUCAAAAGAUCUGAGUUUAUAUAACUGCAUAGUGGAUUUUUUUAGAGUAAGUCAGGACUUUUUUAUUCAAAUGUUGCGUGUUGAGGGAGGAAACCUAAUUUUGGAAUACAUGGGUUUUGGAUAAGAGUUUUGAGGUUGUACUAUAUAGUGAUCAACAAAUUUGCAGGAUAUGCUCCCGUUGCUCAUAAAGAUUUAACAGUUGGUAUUGAAAUGCUGUAUUGAUUAAAUUAAAAAAAAAAAGUAAAAAUUAAA